CGUGACUCAGCCGGUCAACAGUGUUUGUGCUGUCCUUAAAGCUGGUCGUCAACUGAGUAAAGAAUGUUCAACAGGACAGCAUGACUUGACACUUUAAACCAGUUUGCCUGAGGAAGAUAAACAGCUGGUUUAAACGUCACAUUUAGCAUAUAUUAAGUUAGAUAUUAAAUGGCGCACGUAAUCAAAAAUGAAAGGUCGCCUGAUGGUCUUGUGAAACACAGCGGAGGUUGUCACUGCGGCGCGGUGCGUUUUGAGGUGUGGAGCGCCCCAGAUUUACACGUGUUCAAUUGCAAUUGCAGCAUUUGCACAAAGAAACAGAAUCGUCACUUCAUCGUGCCAAAAUCCCAGUUCACCUUGCUGCAGGGAUCAGACAACAUAAACACAUACACAUUUAACACACACAUGGCCAAACACACAUUCUGCAAAACGUGCGGCGUCCAGAGUUUCUACACUCCACGCUCCAACCCUGAUGGGUUUGGUGUGGCACCUCAUUGUUUGGACCCUGGAACGGUAAACAGCGUGACUGUGGAGGAUUUUUGUGGACAGAACUGGGAGGAAAGUAUGCAGGAGCAUAAGACUAUAAAAAAUAUGUCAAAACCAACAACACAGAACACAUAACUCUGCUUCCAGUGGUCAUUUGAUCUGUUAGACUACAGGUGUCAAAUCCAGUUCCUGGAGGGUUGCAGCUCUGCAGUUUAGUUUCAACCCUGCUUCAACAUUACCUGUAGGUUUCACAGGCUGUUUCUCAGUUCCACGAACGCUGAGAACAGACUUGUGUUCUUGUGGAGACCGUUGCCUUAGAAGAAAGAAACUCAAAAGACCGCGAGAACAGAGAACGCAUCCUUUGAGAAAUGAGAUGCUGUCUUGAUGGUUAUGUGAUCUUCACACAUUUUUAAUGGAAAAUUAUUUAAACAUUACAGCAGGUUUCUCCUGAGACAAAUAAGUUAUAUGUCUGAACUUUAUUAAUGAAUCUAUAUACAAUGAAGUGCUUCCCACCUCCUUUAAAUAGCCACAAUGACUUCUGAGACUUCUCAAGUGAAUUUUGCUCUCAGGUCUGCAUCAAUGCAUCCUCGAUAUCGAGAACACAUCCGGGAACUUUCACGCGUCCUCCGUUCUUGUGGUUCUGAGUUUUGGAAAUGAACUUUGGUUUGAUGAUGGCGUUACACAAGGACGCAAGAUUGCUGAAGAAUGCCUAUUAAGAAACAGCCAAACAAGCCUGAAGGACUCAAUUAGUUUGAUCAGGUGUGUUUAAUUAAGGUUAAAGUUAAACUGUGCAGAGCUACGGCCCUCCAGGAACUGAAUUUGACACCUGUGUGUUAGACUUUCAGCAAGAGAACUUAACAUGUAUUGUCCUGCUUGAGACAUGUUUAUUGAUCAAUUAUUAACACUGAAUCACACUUUGGGUUCGGGUAUUGGUUUAACCUCCUAUUGUAUAUGUUAGUGCACUCCUAAACAUUGCCAAAACUCACUUUUCUAGAUAUUUGCAUGACAUAUAUUUUCUGAGAAAAUGGACUAAAUGACUCCUUGUUGAAUCGACAUGCCAAUCUGAGUGAAACAGCAUACUGUCAAGAAUGCAAACAUUAGCUUUCUAUAAAUAUUGGAAUGGCAUGGUUUUAUGAUGAUAAAAGGAUGGUCUUAUUGACG